AUGCCGCGACCUAUUGUGAAGGAUAAUUUCAACAUCACCUAUCGAAAGAUACCUAUCCUGGCAAUUGGGAGAGAGAGGCCAGCCGUGCCAGCUGAGGAUGAUGAUGUUGUUGAUGUCGAUGAUGAGGAUGAUGCUGUUAUUGGUGUUGUUGGUGUUGUUGGUGUUGUUGGUGUUGUUGGUGUUGUUGGUGUUGUUGGUGUUGUUGGUGUUGUCGUUGCUGUUGUUGCUGUUGUCGCUGUUGUCGCUGUUGUCGCUGUUGCUGUUGUUGUUGCUGCUGUUGUUGUUGUUGCUGUCGAUGUUGCUGCUGUCGAUGUUGCUGCUGUCGUUGUUGUUGCUGUCGAUGUUGUCGCUGUCGUUGUUGUUGCUGUCGUUGUUGUCGCUAUCUACAUCGACACGUCCCUGAUCCUAGAAGUGCUCGAACACCGAUUUCCUGCAUCCGAAGGAUUCGGCACACUGUACCCGGGGCCGACCACCACUCCUACACCGUCCUCAUCCUCAGCCUCAGCCCCGUCCUCGUCCUCAGCCUCGGCCUCAUCCUCAUCGUCUCAACGCCCUCUGAUCCGUGGCUUCGCAUCCUACUGGACAGAUAGACCCCUGUUCCGAGUCACGACGGGUCUCAUCCCCAGCAGCGUGUGGCGGACACGGUUCGGCGCCGACCGCGCCAAUCUCAUCGGCCACAGUCUCGACGCGGAGAAAUUGGAGCGCAAGGUGCCUGAGAAUCUGGGCGGGUUGGAUCUGCAACUUAGUUUGCUGGAGCCGCUUUUUCGGGGUAGCAACGACAACACCAAAAGUGUUGGUGCUGGUGUUAGUGCUGGUGCUGUUGCUGGUCCUGGUCCAGGUACUGGUUCUGUCGCCAUUUCCAACCGCCACUGGGUCUUUGACGGCCCAACCCCCAGCGCCGCCGACAUCGCACUCUACUACCAGCUCGACUGGGGUGACAAAAUCAGCCGCGGCCAAGGCAUUUCCGACCUGAGCGGUGGCGGGGUGAGAGAUGGAGAUGGUGAGGGCAUAUCCAGCGUCUUCAAUGCCGAUCGGUAUCCCGGGCUCGCUGCCUGGUUCGAUCGAGUCAAGACCUUCUUCGACAGUCUACCCAGCACGGAAACGAGGGUCGAGAGAACCGACGAGACGGGCAUCCAGCGUGUCCUGGACCGCAUCAAAGCCCUACCGGGGUUGGGAGGAGCGACGGCGUCGGUGUCGUCAGCGGAGGAGGAGGUGGUGGUUCCGUCGUCAGCAUCUUCGUCGUCAGCGGAAGUGGUGCCGGGUCAAGUCUCGGUCUCGGUCGAAGUGCCUAUACCACUACUCCCUACGCCCGCAGCACCACACGCCACCCUAGAUAAACGCAAUGGUCUGGUCGUCGGCGCCCAUGUCACUGUGGCUCCCGAGGAUACCGGACGAGACAGUCCGACCCACGGCACGCUGUUGGCCAUUACGCCGGAAGAGGUGGUCGUGGCUCCGGACAAAAUCGGCGGUGGGCCGGCCGUCGGGGCGGUCAAGGUCCAUUUCCCGCGUUUGGGCUUUGUCGUUCGACCUGUCCCUGGCACUGGGACCAGCGAGCCGAGGCUUUGA